UGGUGUUGAAAAGAGUCGAAACAGAACCCAUUGUGGUGUUGGAGAGGAGUGAGCUGCUACCCGAGAGAGGGAGAAAAGAGGCAAUUCCGCGACCACAAAGGGACUCAUGAUAAGCGGACAGAUAUGGACGUUAAUACACAACACAGACGCUGUUGUCUUUUGUGAGGAGGACCGCGUCCUCCAGUCGGAAAGAUCUGGUAUAUGAAGAGUUAAGACUCGACAUCCCAACUGUUUAUUUCGGCAGCUAGCAGGCUAACUGGCUAGAUACCUAGGAGCUAGACAUGGGAAGCCCGUGUGAGUUUGCUUGAUAGAGAUCUUCGUCGAGCUUUGAGGAGGCUGUUUCCCGUUUAGAUAUUGUCGGUUAUUAUUUAAAGUAUCCGUCGCCUGCCUUGUAAGGAACCCGAAACUUUGAAGAAUGAUACCAACUGAGCGCUAAGCAUUUCACUACUACAGACCCGGAGAGGAGCACAAAAAAAGUCAGACAGAUUUGCUGGCUCGAGGUUGCACACAAACACCAAGAAGGGAGAACAUGACUCACUGGCCUCUGCCAGAGACUGGCACGGGGCAACUGCGCCAACCUCGCCCCUGCCUGAGGCUUUAGAUAUUACCCCUGUACACCAUGACGGAGAGACAUUGAGGUUAGAUCCCUGACAAUCAUCUCAAUACCUCUCCUCCUCCCUACCCCUCGAGACCCCCCUCCCCCCCCCCGCCCCUGCCUCGUCCCCAUCAUGCUGCGCUUCCUGCCUCUCAAACUUGGCCGCCUGUACCGCUGUCUUAAGCUCCUGUUGGUGGUGGGAUUGUUUGUCAUCUUGUUGAUGAACACCCACAACCUGUUCGCCUCCUUCCAGAAGAAUGAGCUCACUGACAGACGCUUCAUCAACCUCAACAAGUGUCCCGCCUGCUUUGGCACCAGCUGGUGCCGCAAGUUCAUGAACGGCCAGGUUUCCUUCGAGACCUGGGGUCGCCUGCGAUUCCUAGACGUCUUCAAUGUCAAGAAUGUUUACUUUGCCCAGUACGGCGAGCCCAGGGAGGGCACCCGUCGUGUAGUGCUCAAACGGCUCGGCUCCAACCAGGAGCUGGCUGAAAUAGACCAGAAAAUCUGCAAGAGGGCCACAGGAAGGCCACGCUGCGACCUCAUCCAGGCAAUGUACAAGACUGAAUUUGCCAGGAUCAAUGGCGAUGUUCGUCUGCUCACUCCAGAGGUGGUGGAGGGCUGGUCGGAUCUGGUGCACUGCCCCUCUCAGAGGCUGCUGGACCGCGUGGUCCGCAGAUACGCUGAGACCAAAGACUCAGGCAGCUUCCUGCUCAAGAACCUCAAGGACACAGAGAGAAUGCAGCUGCUCAUGACCUUGGCGUUCAACCCGGAACCGCUCGUGCUACAGAGCUUUCCGUCAGACGAAGGGUGGCCGUUCGCCAAGUACCUGGGAGCGUGUGGGCGCGUGGUAGCUGUCAACUACGUGGGAGAGGAGCUCUGGAGCUUCUACAACGCGCCCUGGGAGAAGAGGGUAGACUUGGCGCGGCAGCUGAUGGACAUCGCCGAGCAGCUCACCAACAACGACUUUGAGUUCGCCCUCUACCUGCUCGACGUCAGCUUCGAUAACUUUGCGGUCGGCCCACGCGACGGGAAGGUCAUCGUCGUCGACGCCGAGAACGUUCUCGUGGCAGACAAAAGGCUGAUCAAGCAGAACAAGCCAGAAAGCUAUGACGUGUGGUAUGAGAGCCGGUUUGAGGACUGCGACAGAGAGGCCUGCCUGUCUUUCUCCAAGGACUCCCUUUGUUCCAGGGUCACUGUGGACCACAACUAUUAUGCUGUGUGCCAGAACCUGUUGUCACGGUAUGCUACGUGGCGGGGCACUACUGGAGGCCUCCUCCACGACCCCCCUGCCCACAUAGCCAAAGAUGGACAACUCGAGGCCCUGUUGGACGAGUGCACCAAACCCAAAAAGCGCUACGGCCGCUUCCAGGCGGCCAAGGAACUGCGUGAAUACCUCACACAGCUAGCUGCCGCUUCCUCCUCUGCCACAGCCAGGUAAUGAAUGGAGUCGGCGUUAGCCUGACGCACUGAGAGACUGGAUCCUGUACUCUUUAUCUCCGGACUCCUGAGAUCCUGGUUCUUGUACAUGAUGUCAUUUGGCUCCCCUUUGCACAGGAGCAGGAGGACGUUAGAGGUCUUGCAUCAGGAAGUGUAGGAAUCAAACUUCAAAGCAGAUUUGUUAAAGCUCUAGCUUUUACCUGACUUUGCUCCUGUGUGAAAGAGGAGUGAGGCACUAAGAGAUUCUGGUUAGAACCUGGAUAGAGAGGGGAUAAAAGUAACCUCUCCUCUCCCAGGGUGGUCCUACCAUUAUUGGGAGGGGGGGGGAGGGGGUGAGAAAGGGCUCUGGUAAACGCUUUCUUCACUGGACCCAGGCUAACACAACAAAACUGUGUCUAAGCAACAGCAGCAGCAACAUGGCACAGCCCUGACCACAUCCAUCCUCCUGUUCACUCCUCAAUCCAUCAGAACUGUUGUAUUUUAUAACGUUGAAUCUUAACACCUGUUUCAUUUUGCCCCCAGGAUCUCCCUUUGUUUUAUUUUUUUUUUUCUUCAGGGCUGAAUUUAAGUAGAUCGGCGCGUUUACAUUUUCGCUGUGCCAUGGCUUUUUUUCCUUCUGUAGCAUGGCUGCAGGGAAGGCGGAGGUAGCAUGAAUCUCCUGCUGUCAGGCAGCAUGGAAGGCUAAGCUACAGCAGGUAGAGAGGAGAGGCAGGAGGUCGGGGGUUUGGUUUUCAUGCAGGAGAAAAAGAAAACCCUUGAUGGCUAUAUCAGUCUAAUUUCCUGCUACUCCAAUCAAUCACUCGAUUUGCAGGUUCCAGGAUUGUGGCAAUCUUUUUUUUUUUUUCCUGAGUGUUUUUUUUUCUUUAAUAGGAACCAGAGAGUGUGAAACAGCUGCACAUAGGAAAAGGAAGGGGAUAAUUGGACAGUGGUGGUCCCUUGAUGCAGAUGUGCCUAUACCAAAGAGGCUAUAUGUAAUAUUAAAAACCACGAGCAGUACAGAGUGACAGCACCUUUCCCUCCAGUUGUUCCCCACUAGAGCUGUCCAAAGCAACCUUAACACAUACACAAUCUUCUAUGAGCUGAUUUUCCUUCGAUAAGAACCAAAUCCAAGAGAUAACAAGAGCAAGGUUGGCCAUUCUUAACGUCACAUGAGCCCUUUUGCGUAGGGCUGAUUAAAUGAUAAUCAGUUAGGCCAAGACACAUUUUUCUUCAACAGGGUCAAAAAAUCUUGAGUUAAAGAAUCAGACAGUAAAUUUUAAAAGGACAAAGACCUGCGUAGUAGUUGCCUCCAGUGCCGGAUUCUCUUUAAAUGUCUAACUGAUAAAUGAAUCCUAUUGUCAAACUUCUCCCACCAGUGUUUAGUACAGUAAGCUCUAUCGAGUUAGAAAAAGGGAAUGAAGAUAUGUUAAAUUACCUCCCUCGCUCCUGAACUGACUUCUGACCUGCACUUUUUAAAUUUUUGCAGACCCAGAAUUUCUGUUGAAUAUUUAAACACUCAGCACCACUUGGAGGUUGGGUUAAUUUUACACUCAGUGGACCAACAAAUUAAAACAUAAUUACAAAUAUAGGCUCAUUCGGUAACAGAUUAUGAGAGAUCUUACUCAAAUAAAAAAAAAAUUUGCCUCCACGUGUUUUGUACGUCAUCUGUCUCGAUGUUGUGAAUCAAGACGCUAAAUGCCCAGUGGAGUGUCGUGUAGCAUGGUCAAUACACAGGCCAAUAAUCAAGUAAACAUGAGCCACUCCUUCUACAGGGGAAACUAGAAAGCACAGCAGUUGCUUUUUUUUUUUUUUUUUUGGCCUUCUGUGAGACCCGCGAAGACAACGGGACCCUUGUCAGUUUGGAAAAGCAAUAAAGAGAAGUUUGGCUAAUGGAGUUUCAAACCCCCCCCUUACAUUUGUUGUGUCCGAUAUCUUUCUGUUUCCCCAGUCUGGAGGACGUUCAACCUGGAGGGAUUUGUACGUGUGUAACUAACUGUCCACUUUUGUACUGUAAUUUUUCUUUUAAGUAUUAUAUCAGCAUUGUCUGAUUUUUCCUGUGCCUUUCAUUCAAAAGUUGUAUUUACAACUUUUAGUGGGUUUAAAUAUUAAAAUAAAUGAA